UAUAACAAGAUGCCUGAAGGAUCAUUCAUCCCAUUUUGGCUACAAGCCGUAGUAAGGUUCAUGGCAAUCUAUUAUAUAGCUAUGACUAUUGGUCAAAAGUUCUUUGGAGGUGCUCCAGACGCCAAUAUGCAGGCCAACGUCACCUUGACCAAUGGCACCCAGAUGCCCGCCGCUCAAGUCACUAUCUACAACACCUGGUCAAUGAAUACACCUUUCACAAUGGAGGUAUACCUGUCAGAGUCAAACACUACAGUUGGAGAUUGGUUGGUUUGGAGUGAGAAGCAGUUCAUCUAUGGAUGGGACGAGAGUAACAAUCGCGAACAAAACAUCACUUUCAAGACACCUGACUACCUCAAGAACAACGGAUCACUCUAUGCUCAUGUCUUGGUACACAACAUUCUAUCACCAACCUACUCACUUCAAACAGUGCAUCCACUGAUCGUCUAUGCACCACGACCAAAGACCAAGGGAAAGAACUUGUUGGCUGAUAAGAAGGAGGUUGUGGAGGAGCCAAUCUAUGAUCCCAAUGAGCUGGUCUCAUACUGGAAGCCAUCAAUGAUCAUCAACCUCAUCGUCGACAACACUGCAUAUGGUCCCGGAUCAAUCCCACCCGAGAUGUUCCAACAGUUCAAUGUUUCAGGCGAUAGAUACAGCCCAUCAGUGUUCUUGAAUGAGUUCUGGUUGUACAAGGAGCAUUUGAGCAUGGUGAAUGAGACUGUGGACGAGCUCACGCUGACCAUGUCGACAUACCCACUCAGCUUCUUCAAGUGGCAACUGUACACUCAGAUGCAAAAGUCAUUGGAUAUGCAAUCGAUGUUUGGUGGCGGUGCCCCAGAUCAGGCUGACACUGGCGACGACUUCAAGAGAAUGUUGACCGAUAACAACCCAUACCUCCUUGCUCUCACCGCUGUAGUCACUCUCCUUCACACAAUCUUUGAGUUCUUGGCCUUCAAGAAUGAUAUCCAAUUCUGGAAGAACAACAAGUCAAUGGAGGGAUUGUCAGUGCGAACGAUCAUGCUGCACACUGGAUGCCAGGCUGUGGUCUUCCUCUAUUUGUUGGACAAUGAUACCAGCUAUAUGAUCUUGUUCAGUGCUGGCUUUGGUCUGCUGCUCGAGAUCUGGAAGAUUGGCAAGGCAAUGAAUGUCACGAUGCACUGGCGCGGAAUCAUCCCCAUCUUCAAGUUUGAGAACAAGGACAGCUACGUCUCAAAGACCAAGCAGUACGACGAUCUGGCCAUGAAGUACCUGUCGUGGGUGCUGUUCCCCCUGGUCGUUGGCAUGUCAAUCUACUCGCUCUACUACCACGAGCACAAGUCCUGGUACAGCUGGGUGGUCUCGUCAUUGGUGCGCACCGUCUACACGUUUGAGUUCAUCAUGAUGACGCCACAGCUGUUCAUCAACUACAAGCUCAAGUCAGUGUCGGCACUGCCGUUCAAGGUGUUCAUGUACCGCGCACUCAACACCUUUAUCGAUGACCUGUUUGCCUUCAUCAUCAAGAUGCCUCUGAUGCAUAGACUCAGUUGUCUGCGUGAUGACAUCGUCUUUAUCGUCUAUCUCUACCAACGAUGGAUCUACCCAGUGGACUUGAAGAGAACUCACUAUGGUGGUGAGGUCCAAGAUGAUGAUGUUGCACCACAGUUGGUGGAGAACAAGCCUGCUACUGCUCCAGCAGUUGACAACAAGGUCAAGACAAGCAAGAAGUCAAAGAAGGUGGUGGAGACUGAGGAAGUGAAUGAGGAUGAGGAUAUCAAAGAGACACCAUCAUCAUCUUCUUCCACUGGAAUCAAGAAGAGAACAAACAAAGCC